CAACCAUUGUCACAUGUUUCAGCGGCGUUUGUGAUUUUGUAAACAGUGUACACGUUUUUCGCACCCCAACUAAUUUUGAGCUACAUUACCAACAGUCGCGAUGCCGAAAUCUAGAAGAGAUAAAAAAGUGUCCCUCACCAAGACGGACCGCAAGGGUCUCUCGAACAAACAACAGAUCAUUGAAGAAAUACAACAAUGCCGCGAUAAGUAUGACAACAUUUUCCUGUUUUCGGUGCAAAACAUGCGCAACAGCAAGCUCAAGGAAGUGCGGGCGGAGUGGAAAAAGUCUCGGUUCUUUUUCGGCAAGAAUCGCGUCAUGCAGUUGGGCCUGAAGCUGAUAAGCGAGGCUGACGAAGCGACCGAGCUGGAAGCCGGCAUGGAGCAGUUUCGCGACCAAAUGAUCGGUCAGUGUGGAUUGCUGUUCACGUCAGAGAAAAAGAAAACCGUCCUCGAUUGGUUUAAUUCGUACUCGGCUGAAGAGUAUGCACGCAGUGGAUUCCGGGCGACGGAAACGGUCGAACUGAAAGAAGGCCCGUUGGAGGAGUUUUCCCACGCAAUCGAGCCGCAUCUCCGUUCGCUAGGUUUGCCGACCAAGCUGAACCGUGGCGUUGUGACAUUGUACAAAGACUACACCGUGUGCGUGAAGGGAAAAGUAUUGACACCGGAACAGGCGAGGAUUCUAAAGUUAAUUGGCAAACCGAUAGCCAAGUUUAAGUUGGUGAUAAACUGUGCCCUUACGAAGAAGCACGGGUUUGAAAUGAUCAACAAACGGGAAAUCAAGGUUACGAAGAAGACUAAAAAGUCGACGAAGGAUAAGAAGGAUACGGCCAAGAAAACAGAAGAAGACAUGAGCGAAGACGGAGAUGAGGAUGACGAUGAUGAAGAAAUGGAGCUAGAUGAUGAUGAGGAAGACGACGAGGAUGACGAUGAGGAUGAAGCGUAGUGCUCUUGUAAGGUGUACAAAAUAAACAAAAAACUUAGCUUAAAAGCUAACACAAUUUCCAAGUGAGUCAUUUUCG